CAAUGACUAUAUGAAAAUAAAUUAAAACACGAAGGAUCACUUUUGAGAUUAUCCCCUCCCCGGUUACCAGCCAGGUCACAUAACGGACCUCUCACAGUCCCACACGAGCUCACGAGGGUUUUAUUGCGCAAUGAACUAAAUUUUAUGGGCUUCUUUAGUAAUUUUUUUAAAAAAGUUUUAGGGUUUUCCACUUCUUAAUUUCACUUUCUUUUUCACUCUCCUCCUUCAAUUCGAAAAAAAAUCAAAACUUUGAUUAAUCCCUAAUUACCAACUCUCUCUCCCUCUCUGAAUUCACUCAAUUUCAAUUACCAGGUUGUGUGUCCUUCUUUUGCUUCAAUAGAGAAUUAAAAUGCAAGUGCGGUUUCGUGUGUUUGCCAGGGUUUAGUUUUGAAAACGAAGGGUUUUGGUAUGGAUGUUCAUGUGAUCGAUGGUGAAGAGGGGAUGGGUCAUCGUGGGGUGGCCUAUGAUGGAGAUUCAGAACCAAAUGAUAGUGGAGAAGUGAAUAACGGGGAGCAUGACGAGGAUGGGGCUGCUGAGCUGCAUGAGCCCUGUGUGGGCAUGGAAUUUGAUUCAGAGAACGCUGCAAAGACUUUCUAUGAUAUGUAUGCUAGACGCCUAGGUUUUAGCACCAAUGUUGCUCAUUUUACCCGUCCUAAAACCGAUGGGGCGAUGGCUGCUAGAGAGUUUGUAUGUGGUAGGGAGGGUUUGAAGAGAAGGUCUGCUUAUAGUUGUCAUGCUAUGCUUAGAAUAGAGUUGAAGAGUCCAGGAAAAUGGGUUGUGACGCACUUUGUAAAGGAGCAUAACCAUUCGACUACUAGUCUCAGGAAAGUGAAAUACCUUCGGCCCCGCAGGCAUUUUGCUGGUGCUGCAAAGUGUGUUGCUGAAACUGGGCAAGGAGUGGGAGUUGCUCCAAGUGGUGUUGGCCAAGCAGCAGCAGUUGUUUCUAGUGGUGUUGGCCAAGGAGUGGGAGUUGUUCCAAGUGGUGUUGGCCAAGCAGCAGCAGUUGUUUCUAGUGGUGUUGGCCAAGGAGUGGGAGUUGUUCCAAGUGGUGUAAUGUAUCUUUCAAUGGAUGGAAACCACACACCUGUAGCAGAGACAAACCAUGGAGUUAGGAAUACUCCUCCUGCCGAACCAAAUCGUGUUGUUAAGACUUCUACAACAGUGAAUUAUAUUGUUAGGCCCAAUAACCAAAAGAGGACUCUAGGAAGGGAUGCUCAGAAUCUGCUGGAGUAUUUCAAGAAAAUGCAGGCUGAGAAUCCUGGUUUCUUUUAUGCAAUACAACUCGACGAUGAAAAUCGCAUGGCUAAUGUUUUUUGGGCCGAUGCAAGGUCAAGAACUGCUUACACUCAUUUUGGUGAUGCAGUUACAUUUGACACAAAUUCUCGAGUAAAUCAAUAUAGGGUGCCAUUUGCCCCAUUCACAGGUUUGAACCAUCAUGGUCAAACAAUUUUAUUUGGCUGUGCAAUACUUCUUGAUGAUUCUGAAGCUUCUUUUGUUUGGUUGUUCAAGACAUUUCUAACAGCAAUGUAUGAUCAACAGCCUGCUUCUAUAAUCACCAACCAAGACAGGGCCAUACAGACAGCAGUUUCUCAGGUGUUUCCUGAUGCCCGACACUGUAAUUGUAAAUGGCAUGUUUUAAGAGAAGGCCAAGAAAAAUUGGCUCAUGUAUGCAAUGCACAUCCCAAUUUUCAAUUGGAACUGUAUAAUUGUAUCAACUUGACAGAAACUAUUGAGGAGUUUGAAUCAUCAUGGAGGGAUAUUCUUGACAAAUAUGAUCUGAGAGGACAUAACUGGCUUCAAUUGUUGUAUGAUGCUCGUGCUCAGUGGGUUCCAGUGUACUUCCGGGAUUCCUUUUUUGCUGUAAUGUCUCCGAAUCAAGGAUUCGAUGGUUCUUUUUUUGAUAGUUAUGUGAACCAACAGACCACAUUGCCGAUGUUCUUUAGACAGUAUGAAAGAGCAUUGGAUAAUUGGUUUGAAAGGGAGCUAGAAGCAGAUUUUGAUACAAUUUGCACCACACCAGUUUUGAGGACGCCAUCUCCUAUGGAGAAACAAGCAGCAAAUCUUUAUACGAGAAAAAUAUUUGCAAAAUUUCAAGAAGAGUUGGUUGAAACUUUUGUAUAUACUGCUAACAGGAUUGAGGGUGAUGCAGCUAUCAGCACAUUCAGGGUUGCAAAAUUUGAGGAUGACCAAAGGGCCUAUAUUGUUUCGUUAAACUAUCCGGAAAUGAGAGCAAACUGCAGCUGCCAAAUGUUUGAGUAUUCAGGCAUUCUUUGUAGACAUGUUUUGACAGUCUUCACAGUGACAAAUGUUCUGACACUGCCACCUCAUUACAUCUUAAAACGAUGGACGAGAAAUGCCAAAAUCAGUACAGGAAUGGAUGACCACGGGGGUGAUUUGCCUGGCCAAGAGUCUCUUACUUUGCGAUACAACAAUCUAUGUCGAGAAGCAAUAAAAUAUGCAGAGGAAGGGGCAAUAGCUGCAGAGACUUAUAAUGUUGCAAUGGUUGCUCUUAGAGAAGGUGGAAAGAGGGUUGCUGUUGUGAAGAAAAAUGUGGCCAAAGUUUCACCUCCUGGGGCUGGUAACGAUGAUAGGAAGACCUCAACUUCAGCAUCAGAUACAACUCCAUUGUUAUGGCCACCGCAAGAUGAAGUUACCCGACGAUUUAAUCUGAAUGAUACUAGCACUCCAGUUCAAUCUGUUGCUGAUUUGAAUCUUCCCCGCAUGGCCCCUGUGUCCCUUCAGCGUGAUGAUGGUCCUCCUGGUAACAUGGCAGUUCUUCCUUGUCUCAAAUCAAUGACUUGGGUGAUGGAGAACAGGAGUUCAACAACAGGGAAUAGAGUUGCUGUCAUCAACCUGAAGUUGCAAGAUUAUGGCAAGACUCCAUCAACAGAAUUGGAGGUUAAGUUUCAACUCUCAAGAGUUACAUUGGAGCCGAUGUUGAGAUCUAUGGCAUAUAUCAGUGAACAGCUCUCAACACCAGCUAACAGAGUUGCAGUUAUCAAUCUGAAGCUUCAAGACACUGAAACAACUACAGGAGAGUCAGAGGUUAAAUUUCAGGUUUCCAGAGAUACAUUAGGUGCCAUGUUGAGAUCAAUGGCCUACAUUCGCGAGCAGCUUUCAAAUUCUCAGGCUGAGCCCCAAGCGGAGCCUCCAUCAAAGAAGCAUCGGAAGUGAAAGCUUAUGUUUGCUGUCAACUAAAUCCAUGGUAGAAAUACUGUUUUGGGGGACACAGGAAUUGUGUUCAUCAAACUGUGUAUCAUUGCUCCCUUCGAGUCGGGCUAGCUUGCCCUUCAUUUUCCUUCCCCCAUCCCAACGCCCCCUGUAAGUUUGUUUUGUAACAUGUGUACAUGUAGUGUGUCAAAUUAUAAAAGCCAAGGCAUCAAAGAGUUGCAUUUUUGGUUUUUAUCUGACCCAGGUGCCUCAUUUGUUCCAUAUCCUUCUCAAGUUUUGGUAGAAUCGAUCAAACAUAAUUGUCCUCGCCA